AUCAGGAAAUACCGCACUCUGACAGAGCUGAUCACAGAUGCAAUGGAGUAUGUGAAAAACCCCUACAAGGGGAAAAAACUGAAGACUCAUCCCGACUUCCCGAAGAAAGCGCUGACUCCCUACUUCCGGUUCUUUAUGGAGAAGCGAGCCAAGUACGCCAAGAUCCAUCCGGAAAUGAGUAACCUGGACCUGACCAAGAUCCUCUCCAAGAAAUACAGGGAACUGCCCGAGAAGAAAAAGCUCAAAUAUGUUGAGGAUUUCAAGCAGGAGAAGGAGCAGUUUGAACACGCCAUGGCGAAAUUCAGGAUCAAGCACCCAGAGCUCCUGGAGGUGCAGAAAAAGUCAGAUAUUCCAGAGAAACCCAAAACACCCCAACAACUGUGGUACAACCACGAGAAGAAAGCUUUCCUCAAACUGCACCCAGAGCAGGUCAGCCUGAAGGAGCUGAAGGAUGCUCUCCGCAAACAGUGGUCACAGCUGUCUGACAAGAAACGCCUCAAGUGGAUCAGCAAAGCUCUCGAGCUGCAGAAAGAUUACGAGGCCACACUGAAGGUUUAUAUUGAAGCUCAUCCCGACUCGACCCUGGACGAGCCGGUCAAGUCCGUCCUCACCAAAGCCGAGCGUCAGCUGAAAGAUAAAUUUGACGGCCGACCGACCAAACCACCUCCGAAUGGGUACUCGCUGUACUGUGCGGAGCUGAUGGUGAACAUGAAGGACGUGCCCAGCACUGAGCGCAUGGUGCUGUGCAGCAAACAGUGGAAGGUGAUGUCGCAGAAGGAGAAGGACAUGUAUCAGAAGCGAUGUGAGCAGAGGAAGAAGCUGUACGAGUCUGAAAUACAGAGAUUCCUGGAGAGUCUCCCAGAUGAAGAGCGAGAGCGAGUGCUCCUGGAGGAGAAGCUGGGUGGCCGACUCAGUAAUAGCACCAUAGCGGGCGCUCAGACCAGCAGCCCCCUGAGGGCUAAAAUCAGCCCCACCUUACCUGAAUCGCCAACCUCCAAGAGGGCUCCCGAACGCCCCAAGCAACCUAUCUCCGCCAUGUUCCUAUUUUUCCAAGAAAAGCGGAAGGAUAAUCCCGAGUUGUCGGAGAGCGAGCUGACACGACAGCUGGCCAGGAUGUGGAACGAUUUGUCAGAAAAGAAGAGGGAGAAGUACAAGAAGAUGGAGCGAGCCCUGAAAGCAGAGCACGAGCAGAAGAUGCAGAGUUUCCUGAAGGAGAAGAAGGACGUCGGGGGCAAGAAAAAGCCACGGCUGCCGGAGACACCCAAGACAGCCGAGGAGAUGUGGCAGCGCAGUGUCGUGUCCGAGUACCUGGUGAGGUGCAAGAACGACAGCAGGAAGGCACAGGCAGCCAUGGAAAUGGCCUGGUCAGCGCUGGAUAAGAAACAGAAGAUUCCCUGGAUAAAGAAAGCAGCAAACGACCAGAAGCGAUACGAGAGAGAGUUGACGGAAAUCCGGUCGCCCGUCACAGCGCAAUCGCAGAAGAAGAUGAAAUUCGACGGGGAACCGAAGAAGCCGCCAAUGAGCGGGUACCAGAUGUUCUCGCAGGAGCUGCUGACAAACGGGGAGCUGACUCACUUUGGGCUGAAGGAGCGGAUGGUGGAGAUUGGCCGGCGAUGGCAGAAGCAGAGCCAGGCACAGAAGGACGGUUACAAGAAGCUGGUGGAGGAGCAGCAGCUGGAGUACAAGGCCGACCUGGAGGUCUGGCUCAAGAGCCUCUCAACCCAAGAGCGUGCAGUAUACAAGGAAUAUACAACAGCGAAACGUAAAGGUUCUGGCAAAGCCCUGGGACCCCCAGCGAAGGUUAAUGUGCUGUCUCAGGUGGAGGAGUCGGAUUCCUCUGACUCUGAAGACGAAGCUGAGAAGAGCGCGGAGUCUGAGUCCAACGACGAUGAGGAAGAGGAUUCGUCCGGCUCGUCCGAGAGCGGUACUGACGAGGACGGAGAGAACGAGGAUGAGGAAGAUGCCGAGGAGGAUGAAGAGGAAGAUGAGGAGGACCAGUCCGAUGGGAGCAGCUCGUCCUCGGAGGGCUCAUCGGGGUCAGAGUCGGACUAACCCUAACUGCGACCAGGAGGGAGGGAGAGAACAGGGGAACCCUGAGGCGAGGCCAUAUAGCACACGACACACAGAGCAAAUAUCGCCCACAAGCUGAGUUUAUCACCAGCAUUCUAACAGGAGAACCCCUUCAACCCCCUCCCCCAUCCACCCCACACCCAUUGCCCCCUCCCCUGGCAAAGCCCCUCUCCUAGUCCAUCGCCCUCUCCAUCAAAGGCUGCCUCGUCCAUCACCCUAUCCCACCACCCAAACCCCAGCCCUUUUCCCCCCUCCCACACCCUCU